AUGAGGCUUUCGAAGAGUCUUGGUCUUGUAUUUGGGUCGUUGGUGGCGGCUCAAGAGUGGGUGGCUGCGCCAAAGAGUCUAGAAGUCGUGUCGUCGAAGUUGUUCAAUGGGGCUGAGAUUUCGUACAAGAAGACUUCUGUUUGUGAGACUACCGAGGGCGUCAAUGCUUACAGCGGUUAUGUCACGCUUCCAAAGAGUCUACUCCCCGAUUUCCAGCACUGGGAUGAGAAGCAGAAAGCCCAUCUCUUCUUCUGGUACUUUGAAUCUCGAAACAACCCCUCCACAGCUCCAACAUCAAUCUACAUAGGCGGCGGUCCCGGCUCAUCCUCCUUCGACGGCACAAACGGCUUCCCCUGCUCCAUAAACCCCGACUCCAACUCAACGACCCUCAAUGAUAUAUCAUGGAACAAGCACGUCAACAUGCUGUACAUCGACCAACCGCUGGGAACGGGGUUUUCGUAUGUUGACCUUGUGAAUGGGACGUUUGAUACCCUAACGCAGACGUUUACCCCGGUUAAAGGAGGAAAGGUUCCGAAGACGAAUGAGACGUUUUUGCAGGCUACUUUUGACUCGGGGGAGUUGGAGACUGUGCCGAGGACGACGAUGAGUGGUGCUAGGACGAUGUGGGCUUUUGCGCAGGUUUGGUUCAAUGAGUUUCCGGAGUGGCAGACUAAGAAUGAUGAGAUAUCCCUCUGGACAUCAUCCUACGGCGGCUUCUAUGGCCCAAACUACUUCUCCUACUUCCAAGAUCAAAACACUCUCAUCUCCAACUCCAAGCCGACAUUCCCCAAUGCUACGAUCCUCAAUCUCGCGACUCUGGGUCUCCAAGAACCCGGCAUCGACGCACGAGCCAUGGCGAGAGGGUACGCCGAUUAUGGUCACCAUAAUAACUACGGUCUUCAAUUCUUUGACGAUAAGACGUACAAGGGUAUGCUAGAGAAGCUUGAGAAACCGGAGACGGGCUGUUAUGCUCUUACGGAUAAGUGUCGCGCCCUUGUGGCGGAGGGUGAUCCUGAAAGGUUUGGGAACAACAAGACUGUUAAUGAAGCUUGUGUCGCUGCGACGGAGCUCUGCUUUUUUGAGAUUCAGGGGACUUAUCAAGCUCUCUCAGACCGAUCUCCUUUUGACAUCACGCACUCCAACGUCACGCUCUUCCCAAAGCCUUACGUCGAGAAUUUCUUCAACCAACCCUGGGUUCAGCAAGACCUCGGUGUUCCGCUUAACUUUACAACGGGGUUUAAUAAUAUUGGGAAAGUGUGGUUGGGCCAGACGGGAGAUAUCAUGAUUGGGAGUCUUCAUGCUGUGGAGAGGGUUGUUGAACGGGGUGUUAAUGUGGCGCUGAUAUACGCUGAUCGCGACUAUCGCUGUCCUUGGUAUGGUGGUGAGAACAUUAGUCUUUCACUGGACUUCUCGUCUGCUACUGAGUUCCGCUCCGCUGGAUAUACACCCAUCAAGACGAAUUGCUCUUACACCGCUGGUUUUGUCCGCGAGCACGGGAAUGUAUCGUUUUCACGAAUAUUCGAAUCUGGACAUGGUGUAGCAGGUUAUCAACCCGAGGCUUUGUCUGUUAUCUUCAACAGAGUUAUGUCGCGAAGGGAUUUGGCUACUGGGGAAGUUGAUCUGAGGAAGCAUGCGGGGUAUAAGACUAAGGGACGCAAGAGUGUGAGGGGUGUGAUGAACAAGGUUCCUGAGUCGCCGGAGAAUACGUGCUUUAUUAGAGAUGCGCCAUUGAGCUGCACGAAUGAGCAGUUGAUGGCGUUGGCGGCAGGUGAAGCGAAGGUGGAGGAUUGGGUUGUUGUUGAACCGAAGGGGAAGAAGCCCAAGGCGGUGAAGCCUGAGAGGAAGGGACGCUUCGUUUAA